UAUGGUCAGAGAGUCGCUCCGAGUCGAGAACGAAUACCAACCGUCAUGUCCUCCUCAAACGCCGCGGGUGGUGCUACUGGUACAGGUACAGGCAACACCGACGAACCCUCCACUAUACCCACGAAAGACAGUAUGACCCCUAUCGAUACCGGUUUUGACGUAUCCGGCGCACUGGCGGCCCUCAGACACGAGAAGAAGAACCACGACCUGCACAGUCUGCCUCCGGCCUACACCGUCCACCGGCGACCUUUGAACCAUGCGCCCGCGACCAACAUCCACGCGGGGGCCUCCGUGCCCAAGGUAGUCUACGUGUCUCAGCGCACGCCGCUCAUGUCGGCGAUCAAGCGCGUCAAGAAGAUACUGUCACUCGUCGAGAAGCGGGCGAUGCAGUCCGCCGGCGUGACGAUGGGGGCCAAGGACCGAAGACACCGGCUCAAGAGCGCCAACGACGUCAUUGUCAAAAACAACGAAGAGGUGCUGGUCAAGGCCAGCGGGAGGGCCAUGGGCCAGGCGUUGAAGGUUGGCGAGUGGUUUCGGAACAAGGAGCGAGAGUACCUGUGCGACGUCGAGGUGCGGACGGGGAGCGCCAGCGUCGUGGACGACAUUGUCCAACUUUCAGCGGACGAGGACGAAGAUGACGACGACAACCGUGCCCACGAAGCCGGGAAAGAGGAAGAGCCUAGCACCAAAGACGAAACGACAAUGGUCUACGGUGAAACGACGUUGGAGAUCAUGGGAUCCGCCGUCGCGACAAGCUCGGCGGAUCGUAUCAGAUCCAGCGAUGAUUCUGGGCAGACCCAAAAAUCUGACUCGGGUAGCGUCCAAGUUGAGAGCCAGCAAAAGGCCAACAAGCCCGCAAGAAGGAAAAAGAAGAAAAAGAACAAGCGCAAGAGGCCGGUGUACGAGGAAGACGAUGUGCCAGAAGCGCGACUGAGAUGGAUCAAAACGGUCGAGGUUGCCAUCAAGCUACAGGGAUGACGUUCGAUUCCAUGAGGAGAAUACAGCAUGGAAUUCCUUUGCUAAGGAUGCUUUCGAGUAUGAAUUGAGACUUUUGUAGAAUUUAGCGUGUUGCGCAUGAUAAAUUGGGACGAUUGACAGUCGCCCCUCAUCGAGGCGAUUUGAUAGAGGCUGUCG